ACAAUAAGAAAGUUACAUACAAUCUUAUAUCUCCCAAGUCCCAAGUAUUCGAGAUUCGAUUCGAAAAAAAUAUUCGAUUUGAUUCUGAAAUCAUCAGGUAUUCAAAAAUGCCCAGCCCUAGUUGUGAGAAUCUUUAGCAAUAUCUAUAAUUUGAACUGGUCUUUUCGAUGACAAUCUGAUAUUUGCGAGUGAUGCAAAUUCUACUUUUUCAUGCUUUUCAUAAAUUUUAGCGAUUUCAAUAAAAUAAGAUACCAGUCAUGAUUUGAAAUUCAACGUGAAUUAAAUUUUAGGGUUGCAUCGAUGAAUAACACCCGAGAUGCUAGCCUAUACUAAUAUUGAAACUGAUUAUUUCUUUGUGCAUGAUAUAUGGUGCUGUUUGUUUAAAACCUUCAUUUUGCUUUUCUCUUUCAUUUAAAAUUGUAUUUCAUUAUAGAUAUAUUUAUAUUAGAAAAUAUUGAAGCUUAUUUCUUUAACUUACUUAAUGGUGAUGGCAUUAUUAUUUGAAUAUUAAUUUCAAAGCCAAUAUUUCAUUUUUUGAGUAUUUUUUUUUGUCUGUACUCCAAACAAGGCUGAAGGCAAGCAGUUGUUCGAACAUAAAUGGAGGAAGAUGUAAAUCAUCAUGCUUAGAAAUUCAGGCUUAAUAAUUGAUGAUGGUUACAAAACUAAAUUGCUGUCAACGUGUCAAGAUUUUAUCAAGAUGUCCCUUUUUUUUCCACCCAUGAGUAUAAUCAUCGUAAGCCAUGGCACUCAGCAGCGUUUUUUAUUUUCAAAGGUCUUCUGUUAUAAACUUAUAAGUAGUGUCUAAUUUGUAUUCAAUCCUUAUGCUUCACGGAAUUUUUGCUAAUCCUAAUUUAAGUUGGCUUUACAUGUACGUCAUGAAAAUUUAUCAAAUCAUACAAAAGAAUUCAGGAAUGCUGUUUGAGAGCAUCACAAAAAGUCUGUUCUAUAUUUUAGUUAUCAUUGCAUCAAUGCCCUUUUUGCCACCUUGGCACAGUGUUUUUUUGCCUCUUAUUCUUUCAGUCUUAUGCUUUAUGAUUCAUUCUAUGGACUUUAGUUGCUGCUGUAUUGAUUUUUUCUUUAUGCUUAUGGUGUUAUGCAUUACAAGAACCUGAAAUACGAAAAUAUAGGAAUAGUAAUAUUGUACAGUUUCAGGUAUCGGCAGAAGUGUUUAAGAUAUGUUCUAUUAUACUCAUAAUGAAAUUUGACCAUAUAAGAAAAAUCCCAAAAUUCUACUGUUUAUUGUAUUUCCUAAAAAACAUGAUAUAGGCCUACUGUUUUUAAAAUGUUUAUAUUUCAAAUGCUUUUGAGUAUAUGAAAGGGUGCAUCCAUAUAUGGUGUAGAAACAGGCAUCACCUGCCAUUUACCGGUCGGUACCUGUAGAUUUAUAUCGUCUGGACUUCCUUGCUGGGAAGAUACAUUUCUGUUUCUGCAGGGAUGUCCAAAAUGAAUUGAAUGUUCAAAUUUAUACAAAAUUCUAGACUUUAUCAAGCAUAACUUAUAUCUGGAAAUUUGUCUAAUUUUUUUGAGCAUGUAAUCAAUGCUCAAGAUAAAUUAUAUUGAUAUUCUAGAAAUAGACAAUCAAUCAGAACCAAAUUUAUGUCAAUUUUUUUUUUGUACUGUUUUCCGUAAAUUUACAUAGAUUUGACCGAAAACAAUUUUAUUUGUUUAUUAACAUGACGUUAUUCAAGAUUUCUUCAAUAUUCACAUUUUAAAACAUUUCAAAAUCCAUUUAGUAAAGUGAUUUGUUUAGUUUGGCCUUACCUAGUUUUUCCGUUCUAGUAUCUAACCAAAUAUGGAUGCACUCUGAUAACGUAUCAAAAUUUAAUUUCUGCGAAAAUGGUAUCACUGAAUUGCAUUUAUUUUCUCUAUAUUAGUGUUGCAAUUAGAAAUAGGAGUGUGAUAGUUCUAUCUACUUUUAUUACAAUGAAAACCUGAUGGCUGAUAUUGAAAGUGUUGCAAAUUGGUAUUCAAAACAAGUUGUCAAUUGGUUUAAAGGUCUGGAUGAAGAUCUUCAGUGUUACGUUCCGAAUCUGGAAGAAGCAGCAAUCACAGGAGCACAGUUACUUGCACUCCACUAUGAAGACUUGAAUAAUCUUGGAAUUAUACCAAUCGGACAUCAGGAGUUGGUCCUUGAGGCAACAGAACUACUGAAACAAUUGCACUUCGACAUUGACACUGAAAAUCUACAAUCUCGUGCUCUGGAUUUAAAUUGUAAAUGCCGCGCUCUUCGAUCAAGCAUUACCUCUCGUAGACGGAAUCUCGGUGGACAUGACAGUGAUAUUCCCGAAGCACUUCGUAGAGGACCAAACGUUCAACUGCUGCGAUCGGCUUGUGAUGUGCUAGAUAGUUCGAAGCUUAUGGUCAUGUGGUUGGACAGGCCUCCUUUCUUCAGUCAACCUGACAUGAGAAGAGUACGAGCUAACAUAGUUAAACUGAGUUAUGAAUUGAGUACAACAGUACAACAGAGCGUGUUUGCUUGUGUUAUUGAAGAUGCAGCAUUAUCAAUAUGCGGUGAAAUGGAAGGAUGUGUGAAUCAAUUGAUUGUCUCAAGCGAUCCUAUGACAAUACAACCAUCUUCAUUAGAAACGGCUCAUCUUGUAAACAGAGAUUCUUCUGCGGGAUUGGGACUGUUCAUUAAAGCAACUUUCGAAGGACAUCAUGUUAUAACAGGAACAAAAGAAGGAUCAAUAAGUUCCAAAAUCCGAAGAAUUGGACUUGGUGAUGAAGUUGUUGCUGUCAGUGGACAAACUGUGGUUGGAUGGCAAUUAUCAAAAUUAGUAGCUGCCUUGAAAGAAUCACCAAACGACAUCAGUAUAACUUUGAAGAAACGUCCACAUUUUGCAGCAACAAAUUCUGCAGUAACUCCAACUCAACGUAGACAACACAACAUCGACAGAAGCCUCACUGUCGCACCACCCGUGUCACCCAUUCGUAAAGUUGCGGACUCAAGAAAAAACAGUGUUGAAGAUACGAUAAACAGUUCAAUGGAUUCAGCUUUCAAUCUCAGCAUCACUGAAAACCUGAAAUCACCAAAGAAACAGGAGGGAAAGAAGAAGAAAAAGCUGAAAAAACAGAAAGCGAAAUCAUCUAGUAAUAUUUUGGCCAGUACAGGAAAUAAAAAAUCAAAACGAAACUCCGUUAACUCUUUUGAAUCAAAUGAAGGAAGUAUGCAAUCUGCGUCAUCCAACGAAGGUGUGCUGUCUAUUUCUACUGGCAACCUGACACGACAUAUUGACCUUCGGAAAAACCUUGAGCGGGUUUUAGGGCGAGAAAGACCAGAGAGUGCAGAUGUUGCUGGACGCAAAACUAAAUCGAAAGAUAAGCGUACGGAACAUAAACGAAAAAAAGGUCAUGGCAGUGUUGAUGAUUUACUGAAACUUCAAGGAAAGAACGCGAGGGCUCAGGAAAUUUUAAAAGAAAUGAACUUCAAGCAGUUAAAAAGAAAGGCACAAGGGAGAUCAGUUUCAUACAGCGAUGUGCUAGAUAGGAAGGACUCGCUUAGUAGCACACCUAUUCCACUAAACAACGAGCCAAUGAUCAUAGAACCUCCUUCCUCACCAUUAGAUAUGCUUGUUAUACCUCCACCUCCUCCAGCACCUUAUACUCCUAGGCCAGAAAACAACACUCCACUCACUAUUGAAUCGCUUGAUACUUCAUACAUUAGCAAUGACGAUAUUCUACCAAACCAGCAUUCUUCAGAAUCUCCAAACUCUAUACUUGACAUUGAGCAACGACGUCGAUUUACCGUUAUCGGUAGUGAGCAAAUGGAUGAUAAAUGGUACGAGUCUCUGCUUUCUCAAGUCAAUACAAAAAGAGCUAAGAGAGAAAAGGCUUCAGCAAAACAAGUUUUAGAAAAAUUGGAUGAAACGACGGCAUCUGAUGACAGUGUCUUCUUUAAAUCUACCAAUUCACCAGAGAAGGAGGUUGUCAAAAGAAGGCCACAGAAACCCCCACGUAGAAACCGACCAAUGUCAAUGCCUCCAAAUUACUACAGUCCAACAAAAUUACAACAAUACAGAGCGAAUAAGGGAAAACUACUAACAGCGAUACCAGAUGAGAGCUCAAUUCCCGCAGAUUCAUCCAAAAUUUUACCAAUGUCCCAUCAUGUUAAUGACAACGGUGUUAAGAAACUGGCACCACUUAAUUAUACAUCGGAAAGUCCGCAAAAUACGGUACAAUAUAGAACACCGAAUGAUAACAGAGAUAGAAGAUCUCCCAGUCAAAGACACAGUUGGUCUUUGAAUAGUAAUAACAGCAACAACGGAGAAGUUGGAAAUUCACCAGUGAAAAAGAAUCAAAGUAAGAUCCCACCUAAGCCUCCUGUACGUUCCACAUCUAAGAAUCUUUUUUCACCUGAGCAACAGCAACGACCUGCAUCUGCAACACCCAGAUCUACUACCGCAACUUCUUCACCUAGUCCAGAUAACAUGCCGUUCAAAGAAAAUAAACCAAAGGACUUGGACAAGUUGCCACUCGAUCCAAAAUCAUCUGGCCGACCAAAGAGUGCAACAGAAUCUCAGAAUCAAUACGUUGGACUUUUACAAAUCAAACCACAGAGUGGUGCUUUAUCAGAUCGCUCCGAUUCACCAAUAAGGAGAAAUCGAUCUAAAACUGACGCUUCGAGUGAAACGACAUCGCCAGAGAAACGAGAUAUUGCUGACGAAUUAAGUAAAUACUUAAUAAGAAAAAGAUCAGGUUUAAGUUCAUCAGGAGACCCUUUCUCACCACCGCCCGUUACUUCUUCUCCUAUUCCCCUCGAAAAUGACACUUUCGUUCUGUCGAAAACGCAAUCAAAAUCUGUCGGAGCAACACCGACUGCCAAAACACCAAUGAUGCCACCUGUUGCUAAGCCUCGUACCAAACUCACAACCCCGACUGACAAAGUUAAACCGCCAGCAAUAACCUUCGAUUCACCAAAGGAUAAUGCUUUGCAACCUGGAGGAAGUAAAAAAGACAGAUCGAAGUCGUUCGAUUUUUCUGAGUCUCCUAAAUCGAAAAAGAAAGAAGCUCCACCCCCUAGAAGAAAAAGUGAGGAAGUCACUAAAAAAAUGAAACCCGUGAAAUUGUCUGAAGUUGUGAUACCAAAACCUUCAGCUGUUUCACAACUUGCUCGUGCUUCUCCAAGUUCGCGUGGUUCCUAUGUUGCUGCAAUCGAUGUUGGUUAUGCAUUGGAAAACUUGAAAAAUACUCAGCAAUCGAAAAACGAUGAAAGGAAAGCAAGAGAACCUAGUCAUUCCGGAAGUUUCUCUAAAGAUACAGACGAAUUCGGAUUCAAAGUCAUUGAUGGAGUUAAAGUAAAGUUACGAAAGGGUCCAUCGUCUACUACGUCAUCCAAGUCUAGUGGAAAGAAAAAAAUUGCACACAAAGUUCUAGGGAUUGACAGAUUGAAGACAUCAGACCCGGAUAUGAGAAGUCGUCGUGUAUCUUGUCGAGAUUUAGGACAAGGUGAAUGUGACGGUUGGUUAUGGAAGAAGAAAACAAGCGCGAAUUCACCAUUGACUUCGAAGUGGAGUAAAAGAUGGGUCGUUCUAAAAGAUGGAGCAUUGUAUUGCUAUCAUACUGAUGAAGAUGAUAAAGCAGAAAGUUAUAUUUAUUUACCAGGUUAUCAAGUGACUCCAGCAGUUGAGAGCAAAAAGAGAUAUGCUUUUAGAGUAUCACAUCCCCUCAGGAAAACGUUUUAUUUUGCAUCGGAUAGACAAAUGGAUAUGUCUCGAUGGAUGAAUAAGAUGGGACUAGCUGCUAUUGAGUAUGGAACCCCUACUUCCUCUCCAGCAACGUCAAAUGGAGAUAGAGUUAAUGAAAAAGAAAACAAUAAAGAAAAGGAUUAUUACAGCGAAAGUGACUCCGAGGAAGCAUUCAUAUCUCAAAGCGAAACGAGUAACCACUCUAGUACACCGAGUAGUUCACCGGAAAAAACGGUCAAGUUAGAAACUGAGAGAGUUAAAAAAACUGCUGCUUCCAUGCCGAAGCGGAAACCAGGAUCGCGACACGUUUCAACGCAACCUGUACUAAAUAGGAGCGCUCGGUUUCCAAAAAACAAAGCACAGCAGUUACAAGAAAGCAAAAAUACAUCAGCGGAAACACAAACAACAGACUCGAUAGAGAAAAACUUGAGAAAUAGGUCAAAAUCAGAAGCUCCACUCAGAACAAAAAAGUGGUUGCAAGACAAUAAUGGUGAUAAAAUUCACACAUCGAGUGCCUCACUAGAUGCAAAUGAUAAUUUACAUGUGAAUGUCAGUCCCGAUGAAUCGCCAUUUACAUCUCCAAUAAAGAAACCAGCUGUGAAUGCGGAUCAGAGAAAGCAUAAGACAGAUGACAAAAGAAGAAAACAAUACCUCGAAUCGAGUCAUUUAUCAAGUAGUUUAGAAGCUGUUAACGCAUCAUUUAAUGAUGGGAUGAAACCAGCUCAUAGUGAAGAAGAACUACAACAUUUGAAAAGAGCUGCAGCAAAAAAGGCUGAAGAAAUGCAAAAGAAAUCGUCCAAUACCAGUUUAGCGUCUAAUCAAUCAUCUGAAAAUGUGCGUGCGGUGGAGCGUGAUGGUAAUCUCACCAAAAACAAACCUCUGAAAAGCGUAAAGAUAUGUGAUGAUGACACACAGUCGAAACCAUCAAGAUCACAAUCUGAAGCCAACGUGAAAUCACCUAAUCGAGAUUGGUUACCAAGAAGGGACAUAGCUGGUCGACCGAAAGUAAAAGCAUCAGACGUUGAGUCGAGACCAAGAAACUCAAGUUCUAUCGACGACUUAUGCAAAGCUCUUCAACAUGCGGAAGUCGAUAUUCACGGCGUUAAUCGAAGAACGACCCUACGCCGAAAAAUGACUAUUCUUUCAAGGGAUCCCAAGAAGAAUGAGCUUAUGUUGAAAAAGAGAGCACUUCAAAGACAACUCAAGGCACUUGAAGGAGAAUUAGAAUAUUAUAAUUUAUUGGACGAAAAAACCAUAACUUCACAAGUUCUCCAUGAAUGGAUCAAUCAACAACCUUCCAUUGUUGCUGAAUUGGGAACAAUAAGAAAAAUGUCAAAAAUACGAAGAAAGCCUGCCGAGCAAGCGUUUAGUAAUAUUCCUGAGGACAAUGAUUCUGAAGACAUUGAACAAGGGUCGUCAUCUGGAAAUAGUGAAGCUGUGUCAUCACAACCUGUCGAAGACUCCCCUAACAUAGGAAACGAAACUGUUGGUGAAAAUACUAUUCCAGUACCAGUCAAAAGACGCUCUAAAGCCCUAGAAAAAAAUGAAAAUACUCCUAUUGAACAAAAUAAUCCUUUAAAUUUAGAAGUAAAUUUACCAACGACUCGGCCAAGGUCGUGUGCUAUGUCUAAUACUGAUUAUGAUAGAAUGAAACCCAGAGCAAAAACAACUGCGUCGCCAACGAAGGACCCUGUCACACCCCGACAAUCUUUGACCUCGCGUACUUCAUAUUUAGAAACAGAUUUGUAGCAACGCUGAGUAUUGAUCAUUCCACUGGGACCCUGGCACACCCCGUCAACCUUUGAUCUCGCGUGCUUCAUAUUUUGGAAACAGAUUUGUAGCAACGCUGAAACUUGAUUACUCCAUCCAGAAGCCAUGGUCAAUUCAGGAAAUGCUAAAAUAAGUCAUGAAUGUUGUUGAACAUGAUGUCAUGAACAGAUACUUGUAUGGUAUCCAGUUCAAGCGGGGUUUUGCACUUAGCUGCUCUAUACCAAUCUAUGGCUUUUCAUUUCAUCAGAAUUGGAAUAUCAUUUAAAAACAACCUCAUUGUUGUUACUGGCACAUGUAAAAUUUUCGGUUCAUUUACGAACAAUGGUAUGUACUGUUAAUGUGUGAAUGGUUUCCCAGUGGCUUACUGUUGUCGUUAGGUAGUGUUACAAUUCACAAAAAUGUGAUUAUAAAUUUGGAUGUAUAAGUUUUUUUUUUGUAAUUUUGAAUAAUUUUCCAUCGGGUGGUGAGUUUCAAUUGACAAGAAGUAUUUUUAAUUUUUCUAGGGUAGAUUAUUCCAAAAAGAUAUAUAAUUUGAUAAGAAACAUUUUCUUUCGACUUUUGAGUAUCCCUUGUUUAGUAAUAAUUUCUAUUUAGUUGAGUAUUUUUCUGAGUGGUUUUGGCUCACGUUGUAUUAUGAAGAAAAUAUUUGUUUUUCUACUUUUUUAACCUUCUAUGCAAGUUCAAAUGCUCUGCACAGUAAAAAUGAAUUAAAUCAAUGAUAUGCGUAUGGUA